GACUUAAAAGUUGGGAGAAGUUGGCAUUAUGAACGCAGACUUGACAUUGACCAGAGUGAUUCAGCAUUGGAAUUGAUAAAAAGUAGUUAUUUGCAUAUCACAAUCAAAUUAAACAACAGUGAAAAUGGCUUCAUUCAAGGAUUUAUCCAAAACUGCCCAAAUUCGCCUUGUUAGUUCCCACAACGAGGUUUAUGAACCAUGUGAUGAUUCUUUUGCACUUGUAGACGCUCUUCUAGCCGACCGCACUAACCUAUUGGAACAUCAUCCAGCACUGUGCAUGGAAAUAGGCUGUGGAAGUGGAUAUGUUAUUACUUCCCUGGCUCUUAUUCUUGGGCAGGAAGGUAGUGGUGUAAAUUACAUUGCAACUGAUAUCAACCCACAUGCAGUGAAAGUGACACGCGAGACAAUAGAAGCACAUGGAGUUGAUGCAGAGUUGAUAAUAACCGAUAUUGCAUCGGGACUUGAGAACCGACUAGCAGGGAUGAUUGAUGUAAUGGUUGUGAACCCUCCUUAUGUUCCUACACCUGAAGCCGAAGUCGGGUCUGAAGGGAUUACCGCUUCUUGGGCUGGUGGUGAGAAUGGAAGAAGCGUAAUUGAUAGAAUUUUGCCUGUUGCAGAUGCUCUAUUGUCGGAAAAAGGAUGGUUAUAUAUGGUCACUCUCACAGCAAAUAAUCCUUCUGAGAUUUGCCUUGAAAUGAGAAAGAAAGGAUACACUUCUAAGAUUGUUGUUCAAAGAUCAACAGAGGAAGAAAGUCUACAUAUUAUCAAAUUCUGGAGGGAUUUAGAUAAUGGAUUAGAUGAAAAUGGCCAAUCUACUUCUGGGUUCAUGGGAUCUUUGCUUUCACAAGUUCCUCUAAUCUCAUACUUGAGAGGCAACAAUAGUGACAACAAGUGUUGAAUCAGAAAGUAAUUGAUUGCACGUGUUUCUAGAUAUUUUUUUUUUUGUCUUGGCAACUGAUUAUGCUUUGUAUUGCCCUUGGUUAACAGAAUGCUUAUAUAUACAACCACCAAUCAUUACCUCACUUUGGGGUUUAGUUAGUUAUAUUGAAUUAUUAUUCUUGGUUGGUCAA